GCGUAGCUACUUUUUCACACAGAAGCACACUCUAGUGUGUGUGAAUGUGCAUAUACAUCUAACCUCACUGAGGAAAUUUCGAAAAAUUCCUCGAUCUUCUUCCAUUUUUCGUCGAUUUUUUUUCUGUUUGAGGUGAGAGAGAAUGGAGAUUUUUUACUAUAUGGUGUUCGGCGGGCUGGCCGCGGUGGUGGCGGCGCUGGAGCUGAGCAAGAGCAACAAGGAUCGGGUGAAUACGUCUUCAGCUUUCAAUUCGUUCAAAAACAAUUACCUGCUCGUCUACUCGCUCAUGAUGGCUGGUGACUGGUUGCAGGGACCGUAUGUUUACUACCUCUACAGUACAUACGGUUUUGGGAAGGGUGAAAUUGGACAGCUCUUUAUUGCUGGAUUUGGCUCUUCCAUGUUGUUUGGAACAAUUGUUGGAUCUCUAGCAGAUAAACAGGGGCGAAAGAGAGCCUGCGUGACUUACUGCAUCACGUAUAUACUGAGCUGCAUUACUAAGCAUUCUCCUCAGUACAAAAUACUGAUGGUUGGACGUAUUUUGGGUGGUAUUGCCACAUCUCUCUUGUUUUCUGCAUUUGAGUCGUGGCUUGUGGCAGAACACUUCAAGAGAGGCUUUGAACAGCAAUGGCUCUCUGUAACUUUCUCCAAGGCAAUAUUCCUUGGCAAUGGUCUUGUUGCUAUUGUAGCAGGCUUGUUUGGAAAUUUUCUGGUUGAUUCUAUGAAUUUGGGGCCUGUAUCUCCAUUCGAUGCUGCUGCCAUAUUUCUAGCUAUUGGAAUGGCUGUAAUAUUAUCAUCAUGGAGUGAGAACUAUGGCGACCCUUCAGAGAGCAAGGACUUGCUCACUCAAUUUAAGGGUGCAGCUGUAGCAAUUGCUUCAGAUGAGAAGAUAGCAUUGCUUGGUGCUAUACAAUCUCUGUUUGAAGGUUCGAUGUAUACAUUUGUGUUCCUCUGGACACCUGCCCUGAGCCCGAAUGAUGAAGAUAUUCCACAUGGUUUUAUCUUUGCUACUUUCAUGUUGGCUUCAAUGUUGGGAAGCUCAAUUGCAUCUCGCUUGUUGGCGCGCAACACAGUUAAAGUGGAGAGCUAUAUGCAGAUUGUUUUCGUCAUUUCUUCUGCCUCUCUGUUACUUCCCAUACUGACAAAUUUCUUAGUACCAGCAGAUCCAAAGAAGAAAGGCGGCAGCAUUUCAUUUGCAGGCUGUCUCCAGCUUCUUGGCUUUUGCACUUUUGAAGGCUGUGUUGGUCUUUUCUGGCCGUCCAUUAUGAAGAUGAGAUCUCAAUACAUACCUGAGGAGGCUCGAAGCACCAUCAUGAACUUCUUCCGGAUCCCACUCAACAUCUUUGUCUGUAUUGUUCUAUAUAAUGUGAACGCGUUCCCCAUCACGGUUAUGUUUGGCAUGUGCUCCAUCUUCCUCUUUGUGGCCUCCAUCUUGCAGCGACGACUUGCAGCAAUUGGAGAGAAGCCAAAAACCGAAGAUUGGGCUAUGAUGAAGGAAAGAACCAGCGAGGCCGAGCCACUAAACGAAGCUUGAUUGACUUAAUAGUUAAAUCUGGGAUAUGAUCAUUUAUUUUCUGCCAUGAAUAGCAGACAAUAGUUUGUAGUCGAGCUUAUUAUAAAAAUUUAUUGCUCUAUCAGAGAAGCUGCAUAAAAAAAGAUGGUUGUGGGAAGGAGGAGAGAGAAUGGGAACAAAUUGCAGAUUUACAAUUUUUA